CGAUACUUCGCCAUCACCUCCCCUUUCAAGUACCAGAGCCUGCUGACCAAGAGCAAGGCGCGCAUGGUCAUCCUCCUGGUGUGGGUGGUUUCAGCCCUCACCUCUUUCUUGCCCAUCCAAAUGCACUGGUACCGGGCAGACCGUGAGGAGGCCAUCCUCUGCUAUGAGGAGGACACAUGUUGUGACUUCUUCACUAACCAAGCCUAUGCCAUUGCCUCCUCCAUCAUCUCCUUCUACCUGCCGCUUGUGGUCAUGGUAUUCGUGUAUGCCAGGGUCUUCCAGGUGGCCAAGAAGCAGUUACAGAAGAUAGACAGGAGCGAGGGGAGGUUUCACACCCAGAACAAGGAGCAGGAGCAGAAAGGAGGAGCUGGGCACCGCCGUUCCUCCAAGUUCUUCUUGAAGGAGCACAAGGCCCUCAAGACCCUGGGCAUCAUCAUGGGCACCUUCACACUGUGCUGGCUGCCCUUCUUCAUCGUCAACAUCGUGCACGUCAUCCAGGACGACAUCAUACCUAAGUAUGUAUACAUCCUCUUGAACUGGCUGGGCUAUGUCAACUCUGCCUUCAACCCCUUGAUCUACUGCCGGAGCCCAGACUUCAGGUAUGCCUUCCAGGAGCUCCUGUGCCUCCGCAGGUCCGCCCUGAAGAUGUAUGCCAACGGCUACUCAAACAGCAACGGCAAGAGCGACUACAAUGAGGAGGACAACGGCUACCCCCUGGCACCAGAUAAAACCUGCGAGUUGCUCUGCGAAGAGGGCUCCUUUCCUCACCCCGAGGACUUUUUGCACUGCAAAGGUACUGUGCCUAGUGGGUAG